GGCGAACCCCCGGAUUCCCUUGUUGAGACCUUCCAUGUCCUUCCCACCUCCCCAACCUUAUUACUCAUCACCGUCCUGCUCUCACUCUGGCAUGCCUCACGCUAACCAGUUUGCUGUUUCUUGCACACACCCUUCAGCCGACUGGCUCCGUGCUUGAGGCGCUCAGCCGCUUCACUUGCGCCUCGAUUUCUCUAGAGCCCUUCUGCAUCGAAGCAUCUCCCAAGCGCCUUAGCUGCUAGGGGGCCCCUCCCUGAGUCUACCAGGCCUGGCUAAAUCCUAGAUAACCUUCCGUGCUGUCUCCGUCUCCGGUAUAUGAACAGCGGCUCUGGGGACGGGCAGUAUUGGGCCCUUCACUUCAUGUCUCCGGCACAGGCGGGGCACAUAAAAGAUACAAAGGUCAUUGAUUGAUUGAUUAUUCUAAAAAUCGUCGGAUACGUAUCAGCAAGACUUCUACAAAAUGGUCAGAAGUUUGGCAGGGAGUAACGCUUCUGGGAUAGUUUAUCGAAACAAAAGAGCUUUAUCAUCAUCUAGCAGUGAGCUGGAGGAGGGUCCUUCUGUCAAGUUAGUCAAGGUGAAGGCAGAUGACCUGGCCAGCAUGAAGGAGGAAUUGGCCAGCAUUAAGAACAACGUGGAUGUCCUGCUGUCUUCUGUUGAGAAAAUGGAGGGUGAGAAACCGCCACCCAAGAAAAGGGGAAGACCUCCAAAGAAGCAAGAUGGCAAAACUACCAAGAAAACUGCAGCUACCAAGAAGAAAGCCAGAAAAGGCAAGGCUCAGAAGGCCAAGAAGGAACCAGCUACCAAGAAGGGGCGCCGGGGAUCCGCCGCCAAAGCUGGCAAAGGGAAGAGCUCUCAGCCAAAGCAGACCAAAGGGAAGGCCAUGAAGAAGGGCAGCGCCAAACCUCAGGAAGAGGAUGACAAGAAGAAGGGCAAGAAGAGAGGCCGUCCUCCUGGCAAGAAAGCCACAACCACCAAGAAGGGAGUGGCUAGGCGGGUUGGCAGACCCCGCAAAAGCAGCUCUGACAAGGCUGCUUAGGAGGGGAUCCCAUGGCAGAGGAGGACACGGAAGCCUGAGGUCUACAGGGUUUGCUGAGGUGGCUCCAGGAUACCGGAGGUACAGCCAUCGUUGAGAGGCUUGAGCACAGCAGAAACACCAGAAAAAAAAUGCUCCCUGCUGGCCUCCCGGGUCUACCAGGACCCGUGUCCUAGAGCCAUUCUCCCCAGGCCCUGUCCCUCAGUGUCUUCCAGCACAGGCUCACUAGUGUCCUCAAUAUGGAUCUCUCCAAGUACCCUUAUUCAGCCCAGUCACACAGGUGGUCUAUUCCCCCCUCUCCAAAUUUGGCUAAGACCACCAACAUUUUCUGCAUUAUUUAAAAAAGUAUAGUGUGACUUCAAAAUAAAUAUUAUUCCU